UAAUUUGAUGUAAAUUUAUUAUAUUUAUCAAGGACAUGACUGACAAACAAGAGAAAAUGAGCACAAAGGCAAAGCUUUCAAAAUUACAUUGUCCCUUUACGUGGGAAAUAUUAGACAGUUUUAUAAAACAUUCAACAGUAUAUCAUGAAAGCAGUAACAACGAAAAUAAUCCGAUGGAUGAUGAAACAUUUGAUCCAUUAGAACAAUUACUAAUAUGUUUAUUCAAAUGUUAUAAAGCAGUGUCAAGCAUAGAUAAAGAUGAGGCAACAAAAAGUGUUGAAAAAGCUGGAGAGAUUUUAAUACAAAUUCAACAAGAGAAAGAGUUUUGUCAGAUGAUACGAGCAAUAGAACAUGUUUUUUAUGCCACAAAAUGUUUCUUUCUAUAUGAUGCUGAUGAUAUGGAUGGAGUGGAAGAAAUAUUACAAAAUAUUAUCGAUCCUGAAGAGUUCAGCAAUAUAGAAUUAGGUGCUUUAUAUGGCUGCCAGAGUGUGAUUUGGUCUAUCUUAAACAAUUUCGGCAUGAACGAAGCAGUUGAUACUGCUAAGAAAGCAGUGGAAAAGAAUCAAGAGUGUGCAUUAUGGCACUUUAUUCUCGCAAAGAAUCUUAGACGCCAAAGACGUCUACAAAAUAUUUUAUCUAACCCAUCAGAUAUGGAAAAAAAACAUUUUGAAAUAGCAUAUGCUAUGUCUAAGAAUGAUAUGUUUGGAGUAUAUUAUUUACAAAUGCGCCUGGAAUGUUUUUUUGAAUAUAGCAAAGAACGAAAUUAUAUAAUGAAGAAAAAUGCUAAUGAAAGAGAUGUGGUACAUACAGCUAAACAAAUUUUAAAUACA